CUCGUCACGGGAGCAACCGCUGAAGAACACCUCAGGAACCUUGAAGCCGUGUUUUGUACACUUCAGCAGAAAGGUGUUCGCGUCAAGCGUGAAAAAUGUGAAUUUUUCAAAGAAAGCCUGCAGUAUCUGGGGCACAUUAUCAGCGAGACCGGCGUCAAGCCAAGCGAGGAAAAAGUUCAAGCGUUGCUGCAUGCCCCAGCGCCUACUAACAUCGCACAGUUGCGUUCACUGCUUGGACUGAUAAAUUACUAUGGAAAAUUCACGCCACGGCUAGCAACGCUGGCAAAGCCUUUCUACAGGUUACUACAGAAGGAUGCUCCCUGGUGCUGGAAUCGGAAAUGUCAAGAUGCCUUCCAAGCCAUCAAGGAAAUCUUGUCUUCGACGGAGGUGCUGGCACACUACGACCCGGCACGCCCGCUGCAGCUAUCCUGCGAUGCGUCUGCGUAUGGUCUCGGCGCUGUGCUGUCGCACGUCAUGAAAGAUGGCACGACGCAGGGAACUCACAGUCCACGAGCGGUGCCUGAUGCAUGGAAUGAGAGUCGUCGUGCCCCCGAAACUUCAACAGCUGGUCCUGGAGGAGCUACACCAGGGACACCCAGGAAUAGUGCGGAGCAAAGCACUCGCCCGAAGCUACGUAUGGUGGCCCUCCUUGGAAACGGACUUGGAGAACCAAGUGAGACACUGCACGGCAUGCCAACAGCAGCGCCACAUGCCAGAAAAGGCACCAUUGCACCCUUGGUCAUGGCCGACACAACCGUGGUCACGGGUACAUGUAGAUUUUGCGGGCCCUCUUCGCGGUCGUAUGCUACUAGUCAUUGUAGACGCGCAUUCUAAAUGGCCGGAGGUUUUUGUCAUGACGUCUACCACCGCAGAAGCGACGAUAACAAAACUGCGCGAUUUAUUCGCUCGGUAUGGGGCACCAGAAGCUCUGGUUAGUGACAACGGUGCGCAGUUUACAUCGUCCGAGUUUAAAGAGUUCCUUAAAGAACAGGCAGUUCGACAGGUUCUCACUUCUGCAUAUCACCCCAGCAGCAAUGGACUCGCAGAGAGAUUUGUGCAAACCCUAAAGAACGCACUACGAAAAGGCCCUGCAACUGAAAGUAUGGAGGAAACCUUGUCAAAGUUCUUAAUGACAUAUCGCAACACUCCGCAUGCGACGACUCAAGAAACCCCAUCUUUUCUUUUUUUGGGUCGUCGGCCACGAACACGGUUGGAUGCACUGAAGCCGGCUCUGGAUCGUACUAUCCGAGCACGUCAGUUUGAACAGACUUCACGGCGCAGGGGUGCUAACAGUGUGUUCGAAGUGAACGAUGAAGUGUUCGUGCGUAAUUUCAGGAGCGGCCCCACAUGGUUCCACGCAACAGUACUGCAGCGGACGGGACCAGUGUCCUACGUGGUCAAGGUGCGGACACCGGAUGGACUCCGCACUUGGAGGCGACACAAGGACCACCUGCGCUCAGCGUCUACUGCAGUGACAGCGCCGUCCCUUGUGGGGGAGGACGAUACCGACACCAUCUAUCCUGCGUCUGAAGCCGACGUACCACCUCCGUCUACUGUCUCCGCAAGACAAACGGUGCCCGUCACCCCCACUAACGCUGCGCCUCGGCGAUACCCACAACGCCAGAGAAGACCCCCCGAUCGCUAUGAAGCCUCAUGACGUUCCAAAUUGCGGUGGAGGAAGUGCUAGAGGCCGCUGCCGUUGCUAUCAGCAGUACGCAUAGUACUGACGUCACCGGGCGCUCUAUAAGAAGAGCACCGUCAUACGCGCAG